AUGAAGAAGGCACAAGACCAGACAGAGAGGAGCGAGGAAACCAGGACAAGAACAGGGCUCUCGAGAAAGGCUAAAGAGGCGGAAUCAUCUGGAGCGACCACAGCUACUGCUUCUAGUGGGGCAACUCCUUCAAGUGGAGCCACCACCGAUACGUCCACAUGCACGUGGGACUCAGGGGCGUCCGUGGCAACGACAAGCAACAGGACGGACACCAGUAGUACGCAGACCAGCACCGCACAGAAAUCCGUUAUAUCCAGGAGUGAAACGAUAGUCGAAAAAGUAGGUCAAGGGACCGAAGAAGCGGCAUCGUUAAGAACAGUAAUCGGGCACACUAGUGACAAAGGGUCACAGAGAGGUAGUAGGUCAUCGCGAUCGGCGAGGCUAAAAGCCGAAUUAGAGGCCCGGAUUAAAUUCGAACGCUCAGAGCUCGAAAGAGCACAGGCGGCUGCUGCCUUAGCCAAGUCUCAAUUGAAGUUGGCACGACUCAACCGAGAAGAGGAGAUCGACUCGAGUGAGGAUAAUGAAGAGCGGAAUACUCAGGUGGAACCUUUCGUAAGAAGUUGGGUUCAACAGACCAUAAUGAGCGCGCCGGUUAGUGUAACGCAACCCGACAUUACUGAUAAAGGAGCGUGUAAGGGAUCACGCCGCAAAGGGGCGGAGGAAUUACCGGUCUUCGAUGAAGACCUGGGUGAAUGGAUAAUUUUGAAAACAGUGUUUGAAGACACAAGAAGCCAAUUUUCAGGGGUGCAGAAUGUCGCACGCCUUAGGAGGGCAUUAAAGGGCACCGCUAAGGAAGCGGUUAAGUCAUUGUUGUUUACUUUGUGUGAACCUGAAGAAAUAAUGAACGCUCUCGAAAGAAGAUUCGGUAGGGUUGAGAUGCUCAUUCUAGCCGAAAUCGGGAAUGUAAAGCGUAUGCCAAGAUUGGCGGAAGAUUGCCGAAAUAUAGAUUCUUUUGCAAGUCGCAUUACGAACGUGGUUGCUGCAAUACAAGCGUUGAACCAACCACAGUAUUUAUACUCACCGGAGUUAGAAAGCCGUAUAGUGGAGAAACUUGGAACUAUGAUUAAAUUUAAAUGGUUCGAAUAUCGAGCUCAGCAUCCUUUGGAGCCAGAGUUACAGAAGAUGGCCAAGUUUUUAAAUUUAUUGAGUGAAUAA